GUUGACCCUCCCGGGGCGGGGGCAGGCGACAGAAUUCCCAGCUUCUCGCCAACCAGAGGCGAGAACGAAACCGAAGUACCAUCUGCACUGUCCUCUCGGGCCGAGUGAGCUGAUCAUAGCUGAACACAAGCAGGAAAUCUCUCGAAACGAACGCGGGCCUGGCCGGACCAUGUUCAAGCCAGAAGACCCCUUCUCCGUUCCGAAAGAUCUCUUGGAUACCUGUCAUAUGUUCUUCUCAUCACCCCAUACUGGAGACAUAUCGAUAGGGCACUUUGAGAAUAGCGAGGGUCAUGGCGAAGAACAGAUUUCUGAGCCAGGAGGUCGUAUGAAGAGGAUGUUGAGCGGCUGGGAGUAUCGCGAUCUGCAGGUUGACCCUCGGUUCAAAGGACCUUCCACCAUACCCGGUUACUUUACCCGCCGGACUAAGAUCAUCAGGUCAUCGUCGACUCGCCGCACCGGAGUCAACCUUUCGUCGUGUGGAGCUGAAACGCGACCAUCAGGCGAUGGCGGUACUCUGAACCGGGAGGUCGCUGAACUUGACGCGAUAGAGUCAGCAAGCGCUGAGGGAGAACAAACCGGCUUGGAGCAAGAAGAAGACGACGAGGCGGAAGCUUCGCCUGUAGAUUUCGUACUGCCUGCAACUCGGGAAACACAGGAAGGCAUCAAGCGUCAUACGAAGAGCCGAUCUGAUAGGCAGACUGCGAUAAUUUGGCUGGAGUGGUUCGUCGUCUAUCACCCAACGUACCGGAUACCGAGUCUGUGUUUCAACGCAAGUCGCGAAGACGGCACGGUCUUGGACCUACAGGAGAUUCUAGAUUACGGGAUUUUACGCCCUCCCACUUCGACCUCGGUCACCUCGCCUGACAAAUUGAAUCUCAUGGACGACCAUCUACCUCUAUCUUCCGACUCGCCAUUUCCUCUUGUCGUGCGAGAUUCACAUCCUUCCUCGUCGGUUCAAGACUUGGGAGUUUGGGCCGUACAUCCUUGUCAUGUCAGACCUCACAUCACCGAGCUGCUGCUUGCCGACGAGAGCCAUCGCCGCAACGGAGAGGAAGCCGCCCACGAGCAGCAGCUAGCGGAAGACGACAAGAAGAUGAGAAAGAGGUGGAUGGAGAUCUGGUUCAUGCUACACUCGCGCCUCCUAGGCGACUUGUAAGAUUUGUUUACGUCCUCCCACGAGGGCGCGAUCGAAAAUAUCUCCCGAUCGAGCGAAAUUCCAGAUCGCGCGAAACAGCCGGGACCGAGCUAGUUCGAGCGGUCGUCCUUGAUUGAAGGUCGCUAGUUGGCCGGGGACAGCCUGCACAGCCAAAGUGCUUGACCUGGACUAGAUACUACUUAUUGCGAUGUAAAAGUGUGA